GCGAGGACUUUUUGCCGGCAAAGAGUCGUUCCUAAAAAGGUAUUCCAGAACUUUUUACGGCCAUUUUCAGUUGAUAUUUAUUUUAAGGGAAAGACUAUUCAACCAAUUUUGGUGGCAAAUAGAAGAAUUAAACAUUUAAAACAAAAUUUUGAGUUUUGUGUAAGGCAUUUGUCCACAAAAAUGAGUGAAGAUACUUCCUUAUUUAUUUUGCCAAACAAGCAAUCGAUAACUUCUUUAGAUUGCGAACCUGCAUUUAAUGCUCUAACAACAAAAGAAAAAUUAUAUGCACAUUAUUUAAGUAAAGCUGCAUGGAACGGUGGUCUUAUUGUGUUUAUACAAACUUCUCCUGAAUCUCCAUUAAUAUUUGCACUUUUACACAACGUUUUUAUAUCUGAAACAAUAGAUGAGUUGAAGAAAUCUGCAUUAAAUGCAGGUGUCAGUGAAGAUGAAUUUACAGCUUUCUUAGUAUAUACUUGUGGAAUUUUUGCAAAUGCUGGUAAUUAUAAGUCUUUUGGGGAUAGUAAAAUAAUUCCUAAUUUGCCUAAAGAAAAGCUUGAGGCAAUAUUAAAAGUUUCAAAGGCUUACAAAGAUAAUUCUAAGAAUAUUGAAGAUAUUUGGAAUAAAAUUAAAGAUGUAAUGUAUUCGAUAAAAGGAAAGUUGAAAUCUUUGGGACUCGGUGAUAAGGGUGUUACAACUUACUUCUCUGCCAAUUGUACAGACAAAGAUGCUGACUUAGUUAAUGAAUUUAUGCAAGAAAAGGGAUUAGAAUCUUAUAAUGCAAGGUGUUUUAAAACAGUAGAUGAAACUGGAAAAAAUAUGGAUACAUAUGAAAUUAGAUUAGCUUCUGUAAAAACUGAUACUGAUCCUAGUGUUACAUUGCCUGAAGAGAUCUUCAAAAAGGCUAAAUUUAAAAUUGUGAGAGGAGAUUAUAGCAAGCUGUUGGUUCCAGUUGUUGAUAACUUGCAGAAGGCAAAAGAAUAUGCUGCAAAUGAAAUUGAGAAAAAUAUGUUGAAUAAAUAUAUAGAGCACUUUACAACAGGGUCAUUACAAGCUCAUAAAGAUGGUUCUCGUUUCUGGAUCACAGAUAAAGGGCCAGUGAUAGAAACUUACAUUGGUUUUAUUGAGAAUUAUAGAGAUCCUGCUGGCCAGAGAGGAGAAUUUGAAGGGUUUGUAGCAAUGGUAAAUAAGGAAAUGUCUGCAAAAUUUGCUACACUAGUGAGUAAUGCAGAAAAAUUUAUACCAAAACUUCCUUGGGGAGAAGAGUUUGAAAAGGAUGAAUUCCUAAGACCUGAUUUUACUUCUUUAGAUGUUUUAACAUUCUCUGGAUCUGGUAUUCCAGCAGGUAUAAAUAUUCCAAAUUACGACGAAAUUAGGCAAUCUGAAGGAUUUAAAAAUGUUUCUCUGGGCAAUGUAAUUCCUGCAAAUAUGAAGUUGGAUGUGAUACAGUUUUUAUCUGAACAGGAUCAAACCCUAAUGAAUACUUAUAGAGUUGCUAGUUUCGAAGUGCAAGUUGGUUUGCAUGAACUUCUUGGUCAUGGAACAGGAAAAUUAUUGAGACAAUUAGGACCUGAUUCUUAUAACUUUGAGAAGGGUAAAGUGAAAAAUCCUUUAAAUGGGGAAGUAAUAAAUAAAUUUUAUCUGCCUGGUGAAACAUAUGAUUCGAAGUUUGGUGCAAUGGGAUCUUCUUAUGAAGAAUGUAGAGCAGAAGCAGUUGGACUCUAUUUGUCUUUAGAAAAAGAUAUACUACAGAUAUUUGGACACGAAGGUUCCAAAGCAGACGACAUAAUAUAUGUAAACUGGUUGUCUCUGUUAUGGAAUGGUUGUGCAAAAGCUUUAGAAUUUUAUCAGCCAUCUACUAAAAAAUGGUUACAAGCUCACUCCCAAGCAAGAUAUGUCUUACUUAGAGUUUGUAUGGAAGCUGGUGAUGGCUUUGUUACUGUUACUGAAACUGAGGCAGGAAAAAAUUUAUUAUUAACUGUAGACAGGUCUAAGAUUCUGACAGUUGGAAAAAAUGCAAUCAGGAAAUUCUUAACUAAGUUACAAGUUUAUAAAAGUACAGGAGACAUUGAGGCAGCCAAGGAAAUGUAUGAAAAGUACAGCGAAGUACCUGAGACAGGACCACAACCAUGGACACGUUGGAGAGAUAUAGUUUUAGCUUUUAAAGAACCUCGUAAAAUAUUUGUACAAUCAAACACAUUUGUUAAUGGUGAAAAUGGAGUACAAUUGAAAAAUUAUGAACCUAAUUUUGCCGGAGUAAUUCAAUCUUGGAUGGAGAGGUUCCCAUCUCCAGAAACUUCGAAAACUCUUAUUGAACUUUGGGAGAAAGAUAAAGAAUAUUUUACACUCGAAAAUCAUUAAUUGAUUUAAGCAUCAGCAAAACUACUUAUUGUAAUAUAAUUUUUUUAUUAUGUAUGCUAUGUAUAGUGUAUGUAUAUAUGUAUAAACGUAUAUAUAUAAUAUACUGUACAAAGCAAAUCAUUUAUUUUUUUUUUAAAUACAUUCUGGAAUACUGAAAAUUUUGUAUAAAAUAAAAUAUGCGUUUAAUUUGCA